AUGAAACCUCCACCAACGCCUACACUUCGCGCGCGCCAUCGUCGACUAUGCCGGACAUGCGCCAAAGCGCCCCUCCCGUUGCUGAUGGCUGCACAAAAGCAGCGCACCUCGUCAAUGUCGUCGUCGUCGCCACCUGGGUCCCCCGACACACACCCAGUGCUCUUUGACGGUGACAAGCCGAGAGCCUUCACAGCCCCAGCUUUCGAACGUACGCCCUGCAAUUGCGACAAUGUGGUCUGGCUUUGCGCGCCAUGUGGCAAGGACCUGCGAAAUGCAGACACCCACUAUGUCCGCGGUUGGAGCUACCGCACGACGUACACCCGCAUGCUGGGCGGCUUAGGCGUUGGGUUUGGCGAGGGGAUCGAGGGCGUAGAGUGCGGGCGAGGCAGUGCGUGCUUGGGUUCACGGAUUGUCGAGCACGAGACCUGCGAGCAGAACCUCUUGGACACUAUCGAGAGAUCGCAAACUCCAGAGUCGCCCGAACGCUGGAGGGGUUCUUGCUACCUCACUCAGGAGAUUGAAGGCAUUGGCGGGGUACUAAAAGUCAAACACAAGAAACAGGUGCGCGUUGGAGAGUGUGUCAAGCUAUACGAAGAUGAGAAGACCAAGUCGAUCCAAUAUCUCGAGCGCGAGGUCAAAGGUGAGCUCAGAAGCUGGUGCUCCUGGUGUGAGCGUGUCGUCCGGAGCAAGAAGGACGAGGCCGAGGUUGCUGGCAACAGACCCACGUCAAGUGGCUCAAGCUCAUCUUCAUCUAGCAAGCGAAAAUCCUCGUACUAG